AUAACGAUGUCGUUUCUUAAUGAAGGGGCGUUUUGUUGGUGUGAUGCAGAAUCGUCGUGACUUGGACAGCGAAAUUAUCUUUGACUUCGACGACGGUACUGGCAGGGUUAAGGCCAGGAUAUGGACAGUGGAGUCGGAGUUCCUGCGUUCGAUGGACACUGCUAAAGAUGGUGAAUAUAUUGUUUUGAAUGGUGGUAUCCGGGGUGGUACUCAUGGCGUGCACAUACGCGUAUACCCCGUCAGGAUUGCUACUAACUACAACGACAUCACGCACCACUUCCUUUCUUGCAUCUACGUUCACUUGGAUCUGAGAAAGCAGGCUAGACUACGUCAUGCAGAUAGGGAUCGGCGAGAGGCUGCUUCUUUGUUACAGAGCACUGUAUUUCAGUGCAUAGUAGCGGCAACUCUCUGUUUGACUCUGUGCUUCGGGUCUUCUAUCGGCUUAGGAUAAUGUAGUUGACACAAGAGCCACAGAGAUCCACUAAUCUACUUACUGAUAUAUUUUUUGUUUUGUUAUCUGACCCCUUCGUUGCUAACAGAGAACUUGAAAACAGCGCAUCAUUUUCUCUAAAAAGGUCUGAAAUGGUGCCGACGAAGAUCAACUUCGAUACGUGCCUAUUUAUGUGACCAUCUAUUGCCGUCAAUGUCAGCACAUCUGACCUCCUGUUCGGCGUAGGGCUGUCAUCGGAGCUCAUGUCGCCAUUGGGAAUCUCUUCACCACCAUCGACAAACAUCACUUCAAGUGCCCAUUCAACGGCUAGUGCUCCUUUCUGUCAUGGCACGAAAACCGUUUCCGGUUCACCAUGAAUUGGGAUUCAGUCUGUCCUUCCUAUUUUGAUCAUUUAUGUUAAGCGACUUUGCUUCUUGCUUAUGAAGACAAGGAGCCGACAACUCUGUAAUGAUAGAAUAAUGUACUAGCCGCCAUCCCGGCGGUCCAUCUAGCCUCGUCGCAGGGCGUGUGGAGGGCAAUCCCAGCGGCACGCCUUCUGCUAGCUCAAGUCGUCAUAGCAGUCACUUUGUGAUCUAUGCACAUGGAUGUA